ACUAAAGGUUUGACGAGAAUGGUGUGGUGUGGAUGCUCUAACUGCGGAAGUUUCAAGCUAUCUCUAUCUCUCUCUCUCAGAAUUGAACUUACAGCGAAGAAUCACAGAAACUUCUCUACCAAUCACACUGUUGCUUCCCUUUCAACGUCCAUAAACUUUAGUUCACUAACAAACCCCCAAAAAUUCUUCAAUCCCAAUUUCCCUGAAUUAGGGUUUGGAAAGACUCUAUCAAUGGCUGGUGCGUUCGUCGGAGGUGCAGCUUUGGGAGCUGCGUUUGGGGAACUACUGAAAGUUGUCGAGGAUGUGGCAAUCAAAGCCGUGUAUUUCAAGUCCAUCGUCAAACGAAUUGAGUCGAUCCUGAAUCAGAUUACCCCAACGAUCGAAGAAAUUAAGAAUCUAAACAGAGUGUUGGAUCGAUCGGAGAAAGAAACAGCAAUGUUCACUGAUCAGUUACGAGAUGCUAAAAAGCUUGUGCGAAGUUGCGCCAAGGUCAAGUGGUGGAACUAUUGCGCGAAGCCUUGCUACUCGAACAGGCUUCUCGAUUUUGAAGAAUCGCUUGUGAGGUUCUUUCAGAUCGAAGUGCAAGCGAUGCAAUUGAGAGACGGCAUGAAGAUUUUGAUGCAGGUCAACGAAGUGGGUUCGAAAUUGGAUCGGAUAGGGACGAUGGGGGGGAGUUUUAGGCAGAUUGGGUUUGUGGGUCGGUGUGGUGUCCCGGGAGUUCCGGAAUUUGUUGUUGGAUUUGAUGAGCCUCUUCGAGAAUUGAAGAUGCAGAUACUCAAUGAGGGAGAGCAGGUGGUGGUGCUUUCAGCCCCGGGAGGAUGUGGCAAGACUACCCUGGCGAAAAUGCUUUGUCAUGAUGAGGAAAUUGAAGACAUGUUCAAGAACAAUAUCUUCUUUGUUACCUUUUCAAAGUCACCCAACCUCAAGGUCAUAAUUGAGAAAAUGUUUCGACACAAGGAUUAUCCAGUGCCCGAGUUUCAAACAGAGGAAGAUGCAAUAAACCAAUUGGAAUCCUUACUGAAGCGAAUAGGACCAACUCCUAUAUUGUUGGUCUUGGAUGAUGUGUGGCCAGGAUCAGAAUUCCUUACUGAGAAGUUCAAGUUUCAAAUAUCCAAAUACAAAAUUUUGCUUACAUCAAGAUCUGUAUUUCCAAGAUUUUCUACAUAUAAAUUGAAAUUACUGAAAGAUCAAGAUGCCAUGGAUCUUUUCUGUCAUUCAGCAUUUCCACAACAUGGAAGGUCCUCCAUACCAAAGGAUCUUGUGAGCAAGAUAAUGAGACGCUGUGGGGGGUUCCCAUUGGCCCUUAAAGUGGUUGGCCGAUCACUCCAUGGAGAACCUGAGGUCAUCUGGAAGAAUAGGCUGAAGGCGUGGUCUGAAGCACAAUCCAUUCUCUAUUCUAACAAUGAGCUUCUCAUUUGCCUUAAACCCAGCUUAGAUGCCUUGGAUGGAAUGUAUAAAAUCAAGGAGUGUUUCCUGGACCUGGCUUCAUUUCCUGAGGAUCAAAGGAUCCCUGUCACAGCACUUAUGGAUAUGUGGGUGGAACGUUAUAACCUAGAUGAAGAUGGUGAGGAUGCCAUAGCAAUCCUCCAUCAACUGUCCAACCGGAAUCUGGUCAAUCUUGUAUUAACAAGGAAAGAUGCAAGUGAGACCAAUGGGUACUACAAUGAGCAUUUUGUCAUGCAACAUGAUCUGCUUAGAGACCUAGCCAUCCACCAGAGUGACCAAAACCCCAUAGAACACAGGAAAAGAUUAAUAGUGGACAUAGUAGCCAAUGACCUUCCUAAGUGGUGGAUUGAACAAAGGGAGCAUCCCGUCCAUGCCCGCCUCGUAUCUAUAUCCACAGAUGAAAUGUUCUCGUCAAACUGGCACAACAUGCAACUACCUGAGGUUGAAGUUCUAGUGUUGAACAUCCAGGCUAGGAACUACAAAUUACCUCAGUUCAUGGGGAAAAUGGACCGAUUGAAAGUUCUGAUCAUCACCAACUAUGGUUUUUGCUCGGCUGAGUUAAGCAACUCUUCAUUACUUGGACAUUUAUUGAAUGUAAGGCGAAUCAGAUUUGAGCAUAUCUCAAUUCUUUCGAUCAGUAAAUCCAUGCUACAAAUGAAAAGCUUGCGGAAAAUAUCUUUUGUUAUGUGCAAGAUUGAUGAAGCUUUUCGGAAUUGUACGAUCCAAGUCCCCAAUAUGUUGCCAAAUCUUGUGGAGAUUGUCAUUGAUUACUGCAAUGAUUUAGUGGAAUUUCCAGCGUGGAUCUGCAAUAUCGUCUCCCUUACGAAGCUUAGCAUCACCAACUGUCAUGAGCUCAUUUCACUUCCUGAAGGGCUUGGAAAUCUGGAAAAUUUAGAAGUGUUGAGGCUUCAUGCCUGUACGAAACUGUUAGAGCUGCCUGAGUCGAUUGGAAGCCUCCAGAGAUUAAGCUUUCUUGAUAUAUCUGACUGUAUAAGCAUGAGUACAUUGCCAGGACGGAUGGGUGAGUUAUGUGGUCUGAGAAAGCUCCACAUGAGAGGUUGUCGGGGAUUGUCUGAGCUGCCGUACUCUGUGAAGGAUCUUAAGCAAUUAAAAGAUUUGAUAUGUGAUGAAGAAACUGCCCAUCUCUGGGAGCAUUAUAAGAUUCAUCUCACCAAUCUGAAGUUAAAUGUGCUUAAAGAAGAUGUCAACUUAGACUGGCUUACAUGAUAUUCAUCCCUGAGAAAUCUCAGUUUGAGAGUUCUGAUCAACUGCUUCUCAUAAAUAGUGGUGUUGUCUUCUUGUCAAAUGCUUCUCUUUAAGAGGGUGUUGCUUUUUCCAUUAAAGGUUGUGGAAAAUGCUUUUUCCAUGUUAGAUUGUAUGUCUUACAAAAAUUGACACUGCAUGUAUGCCAUCUUGUAUUGGACGCUCCAUGUUAGAAUGUAUGUCAAACUCAACAGACUUGUUCAUACUCGAGCUUGUACAUGGCUUUCCAUGCCUUGGUGGAAACAGCUCCUUUGACAUCCCACUCACAAUCCAAACAUGUUGGCAUGUUCAAUUGCAGCUCGACAUAGCUUUAAUGGCUGCCGGAGCUGCUGCAGUUGAAAUGAACAUGUUUGCUGUAUCUGACAUUUUUCUUUUUUGUUUUUUUGAUACGAUGAGCACAGUACAUGCCUUGUGUAUGAACAUGUUUACUGUAUUGUUGAAGCUUGCUGCCAAUAUUUUGUA